CAGUUCAAAUAUGACGCGUGGAAGGCACAAGAGAAUGUUAAUGUUACUUGCAAUCUGCUUGAUCGCAGUAUUUGCGGAACCUGAUCCCUCCGAAGAAUCGUAUAAUCGAUACCCCAACAAUCGAGGAGACGAUAAAUGCUACAAUGAUAAUGGAAAACCACAGAGGUGUAUACCACCUUUCGAGAAUGCGGCGUUCAAUGUGCUUAUGGAAGCAACGAACACGUGUGGGCAGGAACGGCCAACAGAAUUUUGUAAACAGACUGGUGUUCAAAAGAAGUCUUGCGAAAUAUGCAAGUACGGAGAUCAUCCGGCACGCUUUCUUACCGAUCGCGAUAAUAACGACAAUGCGACCUGGUGGCAGUCAGAAACAAUGUACGAGGGCAUUGAAUAUCCGAAUCAAGUGAAUCUCACUCUUCCCUUAGGAAAGACGUUCGAUAUAACUUACGUGAGAGUACUUUUCGAGUCGCCUCGUCCAGAAAGUUGGGGCAUCUACAAGAGGAGAGUCGAGAAAUCACCCUGGGAACCAUAUCAGUUUUAUUCCGCAAGCUGUAGGGAUACUUAUGAUCUACCAGAUUCGCUAGAGACUGUACGAGGCAAUGAUACCAGGGUAUUAUGUACUUCGGCCUAUUCCGAUAUAUCGCCUUUGACAAAGGGUACCGUCGCAUACUCGACAUUGGAAGGUCGACCUUCGGCCUACCAUUUCGAAACUAAUCCAGCUUUGCAGGAAUGGGUGCAAGCGACUGAUUUAAGGAUUACUCUAGACGGAUUUAAUACGUUCGGUGACGAAGUUUUUGGCGAUGAUCAUGUACUAAAAUCCUACUACUAUGCGAUCGCUGACGUCGCCGUUGGAGCACGUUGCGCCUGCAAUGGCCACGCUGGAGAAUGUGUAAACAGUACCAGCGUGGAUGGAAAAACUCGCAGAGUAUGUAGAUGCGAGCAUAAUACUGCAGGCCCAGACUGUAACGAGUGUUUGCCAUUUUACAACGAUGUACCAUGGGGACGAGCCACCACUACAGAUGCGCACGAAUGUAGACCCUGCAAUUGCAAUGGUUACUCGGAGAGAUGUUACUUCGAUAAGGAACUGUAUAAGGCUUCUGGACAUGGUGGUCACUGCCUGGAUUGUCGAGCUAAUCGAGACGGCGCGAAUUGCGAACGUUGCCGGGAAAAUUUUUACCAGCGACCGGAAGACAAUUAUUGCAUCGCCUGCAACUGCCACGAAAUCGGUUCGAGAAGUUUGCAAUGUAACAGCGAAGGAAAAUGUCAGUGCAAGCCUGGUGUAACGGGUGAUAAAUGUGAUCGUUGUGCAGUGAAUUAUUAUAAUUUUGGCUCGUAUGGUUGUACAUCUUGCGAAUGUAAUGUAGCCGGAUCCUUUGCGAAUAAACAAAACUGUGAUCCUAUUAACGGUGUCUGCACUUGUAAAGAGAACGUUGAAGGAAAGCGUUGUCGAGUAUGUAAACCAGGAUUUUUCAAUCUUGCGAUGGACAAUGAUUUCGGUUGUACACCAUGUUUUUGCUAUGGUCAUUCCUCAGUGUGUAGACCGGCAACUGGCUAUUCUAAAAUUGUAAUCGAGAGUAUGUUCGUGAGGGCAGCUGAACGAUGGACAGCUACCGUAGCUGGUAACCCGAUACCGCUUCAUUACGAUCCUGUUACUCAAACGAUAUCUGCUACAGCACUAGAUCGAGACAACGUCUAUUUUGUUGCACCUGAUAGAUUCCUCGGUGAUCAACGAGCAUCUUAUAAUCAAGACUUAUUGUUUAUUCUGAGAAUUGGGGAAGCUGGUCCUGCACCUACUGCUCGUGAUAUAAUACUGGAAGGUGGAAAUGGUGAACAAAUUACACAGCCGAUUUUCGGGCAGGAUAACCGUUUGCCUACCGUAACACCUCAAGAGUAUCGUUUUAAAUUGCACGAACAUCCUAAUUAUGGCUGGGAACCUCGUCUGUCUUCCCGUGCUUUCAUGUCUGUUUUGUCAAACUUAACUUCUAUUAAAAUUCGUGGCACUUACACGCAUCAAGGUAGAGGAUUCUUAGAUGACGUUAAGCUGGAGACAGCUCACCGUGGAGCUGCUGGUAAACCCGCUGAUUGGGUGGAGCACUGUCAGUGUCCAAAUGGCUAUGUAGGCCAAUUUUGUGAAUCGUGUGCACCUGGAUUCCAUCAUGACCCGCCAAAUGGUGGUCCUUUCGCCCUUUGUGUACCUUGUAAUUGCAAUGGCCACGCAGAUAUUUGUGAAGCCGAAACUGGACAGUGUAUUUGUCAACAUAAUACCGCUGGUAGUAAUUGUGAAUUGUGUAAGCGUGGAUAUUAUGGUCAUUCGUUGAAGGGUACAUCCGAUGAUUGUAAACCAUGUCCUUGCCCUGACAAUGGACCUUGCAUAUUGCUUGGUAAUAAUCCGGAUCCGAUUUGCUCCGAAUGUCCAUUGGGUAGAACAGGACCUAGAUGUGAAACAUGCUCGGAUGGAUACUUUGGAAGUCCUGAAAAGGGUAUAGCUUGCAGACCUUGUGACUGUAACAACAAUAUCGAUUUGAAUGCUGUGCGUAAUUGUAAUCACGAAACUGGUGAAUGUUUGAAGUGUGUAAAUAACACAGCUGGUUUUCAUUGUGAUGAAUGUCUUUCAGGUUACUAUGGAGAUGCAUUGUCUGAUCGAAAAGAAGAUGGAUGUAAAGUAUGCCAGUGUUACCCGCCAGGUACUGUUGAACUUGAUUAUGGUAGAGUAGCACCUUGUAAUCAGUUAACAGGGCAUUGUAUGUGCAAAUCUCACGUAAUCGGCCGAAAUUGUGAUAAAUGUGAAGAAGGAUAUUAUCAUAUUUUAAGUGGAGAGGGAUGUGCACCUUGCAAUUGUGAUUCUGAAGGUUCGUACAAUCGUACUUGCAAUCCUGUUACUGGUCAAUGUGAAUGCAGACCUGGUGUUACCGGCCAACAUUGUGACGCGUGUGUUCCUUAUCAAUAUGGAUUUAGCAGAGAAGGUUGUAAAUCAUGUGAUUGUGACACUAUCGGUUCUCAAGACCUGCAGUGUGAUGCUAGUGGGCAGUGUCCAUGCCUACACAAUGUAGAAGGAAGACGUUGUGAUCGUUGCAAAGAAAACAAACAUAACAGACAAAAUGGAUGUGUAGACUGUCCUGAUUGUUACAAUCUUGUUCAAGCUGCGGCUAAUAAUCAUAGGGAACGCUUAGCCAAAUUGGAAAAUACGCUUAAAAAAAUUAACAGUAGCCCAACUGUUAUAAAGGAUUCGGACUUCGAGAAAGAAUUGAAGAACAUUCAGGAUAAAGUAAAAAAUCUUUUGCAAAUCGCCAAACAAGGAUCUGGUAGUGAAAACAAGACCUUGGUUGAGCAACUUGAUGAAUUACGUGAUCAAUUAAAUGAAAUUGGCGAAAUUUCACAAACCGUAAACUUGACUGCUUCUGAAGCACAUAAAACUACUUCAGAAGGUUUGAUGAACAUCGAUGAAGCCGAAAAAGUGCUUGACAAGAUACACGCUCAAUUAACUGAUGCAGAAGAUUAUCUGGCCACCGAUGGAGCAACUGCAUUAAGUGACGCAAAAUCGCGUGCAGAUCAAGUUGGUCAACAGAACAAACAAAUGACUUCAAUUGCGCAAGAAGCACGUAGUUCAGCUGACAUAAAUGUUAAUGAAGCAAAGAAGAUCCAUGUAUUAGCGGAACAAGCUCGAACUACAACAAUAGAAGCUUAUACACUUGCAAAAAAAGCUAUAGCAAAAUACACUAAUAUGACUGACGAUAUUAGAGGGUUGGAAAACAAAUUAGAGUUACUGGAGCAUCGUAUGAAUGACGUGAGAAAUCUUACCAGCAUAGCAGCCACUAAAUCAUCCACUGUUUCACAAGAAGCAAUAGAUCUAUUGAUUCUGGAUUUGACACUUCCACCUGUUGACAUCGAUCAGUUACGAAAUCAAAUUGAUAACUUGAAUAACGAGGGGCUGCGAUUGAAAGAACAAGCACAGUUAUUAUUAGAUGAGAAUGAAAGUCUUCUGAUAGAAAUGGCGGAGAAAGUAAGAAAAAGUGAAGAAUUAAUAGAAAAAGUGCAAGAUCAACAGACAUCUACUGCUGAACUUUUAGCCGAAUUAGAUGGUGCAAAUGAAAAAGUAGAUGAUGCUGUAAAACGUGGUGAUCAAACAUUAAAAGAAGCUCAGGAAACAUUGAAAAAAUUGAGCGAAUUUCAUGCUGAAGUAGAGCGCGAACGUAUUAAAGCUCAAGAUGCUUUAGGGAACAUAGUAAAUAUUAAAGAAUUAAUUGAAAAUGCGAUGGAACAUGCUGCGGAGGCUGAGGAAAUAUUAAAAGGUUCUGAAGAUAAUGCCGAAUAUGCUCGUAAAAAAGCACAAGAUGCUCAGACAUACGCAGAAGAAGCUAGUGCAAAAGCAAACGCCGUUAGAAUUGAGGCAAAUAAAACUAAAAUAGAGGCACUUCGUGUAGGAAACGAAGCCGAGAAAUUACAUCAGAGAGUUGAUAUUACAGAUUUCAUGAUGAAAAAAUACGAAAUUCAAAGUGGUCAAGAUACAAAUAUUACAACAGAAGCGAAUCACAAAGUUGGUCAAACUAAGAUCAAUGUAACACUAGCAUCGAACCAAGUGGAUAAAGCUUUAGCCGAAGUAGCUGAAAUUAUAAAAGAACUUGCAAAUCUACCAGAAAUAGAUGAUGCUGACUUAAAUCGCUUAGAAGAACGCUUAAAUGCAGCUGAAGAGGAAAUUGUCGCUGCAAAUCUUGAUCAAAGAAUUCGAGCGUUAACGGAUGCAAAAAAUUUGCAAUCACAGUGGGUAAAGAAUUAUGAAGACGAGGUCAAUAGACUAAGAAUGGAAGUUGACAACAUCAGUGAAAUAAGGAAAGUUUUGCCUGCUAAAUGUAGCAAUCGUGUGCGACUCGAACCAUCAUGAAACACUUUAUAAAGCUAUACGAUACUUAAUUAUGCAAUUGUUCCAUUUUUCAUAUCAC